AUGAUCCAUUGGUGUCCCCAGUCUGGUGCCAGGCUCGCCGAGUUUGUGAUUGACCUGGGUGAGUCGUCUUCCAGCGUCGAUGAUUUUGAGGCCAAGCUUCAGGAGAAUGGAGCAGCGGCUUCCGGCCCUUUCUGCCAAAGGCUGUUAGAGCUCAUUCAAAAACUGGGUGGGCCACAAAAGCCUGGACAAGCAGAUGCCAAGGGCGGACCCAAUGCGAAGGCCUCCAACGAAGCCUUAGCACUCGCAACCAAGGAGAUCGCUAAGGAUAGAAAAGUGGAGAGGCGAGAAAGAAGUCGUAGUCGGCAAAAAGAUACCCAGGAGAAAGACAAGAAAGAAAAGAAAAAGGAUCUGCGAGGACCUGUAGAGCUCUACGGAAUCUACAAGGGUCAGGUUUCACGGCUCAUGGAGUACGGUGCCUUCAUUUCCUUCGAGACCUCCGAAGGAAGAAGAGAAGGAUUGGCUCACUUGAGCGAAGUCUCUCGGGAGACAAGAAACGUGAGUCGAGCAGCAGACCAUUUGAAAAGGAAUCAAGAGUGCUUCGUGAAAAUCAUAGGUAUUGCAGGGACGAAGCUCAACCUCUCUCUCCGCGAAGUGGACCAAGAGACGGGUGAGGACUUGAAGGUGCGGAAGGUGAAAGGUGGCGAAGAGCCCGACGAGAAGGAUGCAUCCAAUCCAAUGCGAAAGAAGAGGAUGGAGGAGAAUGCAAAGUACGGCAAGGUCACCGGCAUUAGGCUGGACUAUGCCGACAACGAUUCGGAGAGGACCUGGGGUGUGAUGCAGAUCUUGAAGAAGCUUCGGCAAAAGAAAAAGCUGAACGAGUACGAGAUGUGGGAGGCGCAACAGCUCCAAGCCUCCGGUGUCAUUGAGCAGCACGAACGCCUGGAUUGUGACGAGGACACGAUGGUGGAGAUUUGUCGACCUACCCAUGAGAAGGGCCUUUUGGCUGACAGCGACAUCGAGGAAGACUUCGAGAUUGAGCUCCAAGAAAAGGAGCCUGUCUUCCUCCGUGGUCAAACCACAAAAGCUGGAGUUCGACUGUCACCUAUCCAGGUCGUCAAGGAGCCCGAUGGCAGCUUGGCACGGGCCGCUUCCACGGCACAAGCCUUGGCCACAGAAAGACGUGAGGCAAGGGAGGCCAUGCAGCAGAGCUUGCUGGACGCUAUUCCGAAGGAUAUGGGCAGACCGUGGGAGGAUCCGAAGCCUGAAGCAGGUGAGCGAACCAUCGCGCAAGCCUUGAGAGGCCUUGGACAGACCUCCUACGAGUUGCCGGAGUGGAAGAAGCUGUAUAUCGGCAAAUCCGUUUCCUACGGACAGAAGUCGGUGAAGCCGAUCAAAGAGCAGCGAGAGUCACUUCCAAUUUUCAAGCUGCGGAAUGAGCUUCUUCAAGCCAUCCACGACAAUCAGGUGUUGAUCGUCAUUGGAGAGACUGGAAGUGGGAAGACUACUCAGAUCACUCAGUACAUGGCCGAAGCUGGCUACACCUCCAGAGGCAUGAUUGGUUGCACCCAGCCUCGACGAGUAGCUGCCAUGUCGGUGGCAAAGCGUGUCUCGGAAGAGUACGGUUGUCGCCUGGGUCAAGAGGUUGGUUAUGCCAUCCGAUUUGAGGACCAGACUGGUCCAGACACUUUGAUCAAGUACAUGACGGAUGGUAUGCUUUUGCGCGAGAUCCUCUCAGAUGAUGAGGUCAGCAAGUAUGCUGUGAUCAUGCUGGACGAAGCGCAUGAAAGGACCAUCUCAACAGAUGUUCUCUUCGGAUUGUUGAAGGCUGCAGUGAAGAAAAGAAAGGAGCUGAAGCUGAUUGUCACUUCAGCGACUCUGGAUGCGGAGAAAUUCUCCACCUACUUCUUCAACUCGCACAUUUUCACCAUUCCGGGCAGGACCUUCCCUGUGGAAAUCCUCUACUCCAAGGACCCGGAGCAGGACUACGUGGAAGCUGCCCUGAUGACUGUCUUACAGAUCCAUCUCACCGAGCCGUCCGGUGACAUUUUGGUCUUCCUCACGGGUCAGGAGGAGAUUGACACUGCAUGUCAAGUCCUGCAUGAACGAAUGCAGAAGUUGGAGGCGAUGAGCCCGCCGCCUUUGAUUAUUCUUCCUGUGUACAGUGCAUUGCCUUCGGAGAUGCAGACCAUGAUCUUUGAGCCACCACCUCCUGGAUGUCGAAAAUGUAUUGUGGCCACGAACAUUGCCGAGGCAUCUUUGACCAUUGAUGGCAUUUUCUUCGUGGUUGAUCCAGGGAUGGCAAAGGUUAAGAUGUACAAUUCCAAGACAGGCAUGGACUCCUUGCUUAUCACGCCAGUGAGCCAGGCAAAUGCCCGGCAACGCUCCGGCCGAGCUGGCCGGACUGGUCCAGGCAAGUGUUAUCGCCUCUACACCGAGUUGGCGUACCGCAACGAGAUGUUGCCCACCGCUGUGCCGGAAAUCCAGAGGACCAACCUGUCCAACACCGUUUUGUUGCUGAAGGCCAUGGGCAUCCAAGACAUGUUGAGCUUUGACUUCAUGGACUCUCCGCCUGUGGAGACCUUGAUCAACGCUUUGGAGUCACUGUGGACCUUGGGAUCAUUGGACGAUGAAGGCAUGUUGACAGACUUGGGCCGAAAGAUGGCUGAGUUCCCUAUGGAGCCAGCCCUGUCAAAGAUGCUGCUAACUUCUGUUGACUUGAGGUGUAGUGAUGAGAUCAUGACAAUUGUUGCCAUGCUCUCAGUACAGAAUGUCUUCUACCGACCAAAGGACAAGCAGGCCAUGGCAGAUCAGAAGAAGUCCAAAUUUCAUCAGCCGGAAGGCGAUCAUUGCACGCUGCUUGAAGUCUACAAGACUUGGGCACACAAUCGCUUUUCCAACCCCUGGUGUUACGAAAACUUCAUCCAGGCUCGCGCUCUGCGACGGUCACAGGACGUGCGAAAGCAGUUGAUCACAUUGAUGGAUCGCUACAAGUUUGAGAUCGUAUCCUGUGGCAACGACUACAAUCGAAUUAGGAGAUGCAUCACAGCAGGCUACUUCGGCAAUGCCAGCAGAAGAGAUCCACAAGAAGGGUACAGAACCCUGACAGACCAUAAUCAGGUCUACAUCCAUCCAGCAUCUGCGCUGUACCAGCGAAACCCUGAGUGGAUUGUCUACCACGAGCUGGUGUUGACCAGUAAGGAGUACUUGCGAGAAUGCUCCACUAUUGAACCGCAGUGGUUGCCAGAGUUGGCUCCAAACCUCUUCCAGCGGGCAGAUCCCACGAAGCUGUCCAAGCGGAAGAUGCGCGAGCGUAUUGAGCCGCUCUACAACCGCUUCGAGCAGCCGAAUGCCUGGCGAUUAUCUCGCCGCCGUGGCUGAGGGUUCUUUGUGCGAUAUUUGUUUGGUCUCUUUGCAAAAUCAGCGUUUGAGAAUCCUCAGAUUUCCAGAAGGAUUAGUCUCAGCUGCUUGGUCCAGCUGAGAGUCACUGGGUUGCUCCUUUGCAGAGUUACCAGUGCCAUCCAGUGCCCAUUCACUGGAGCAAAUCAGUGAAGAGCAAGCUUAACAAGCUGCGAGACCAAAAAAAGACCAAAA